AUGACUACUCCCGACCUAUUCCUCCCUCUCCAGCUUGCUCUCCAUAUAAUAUUAUCCUGUGUCCUCCGUGUCGCCGUUGCGCAGAACCCGGUCAAUACGUAUGCUCCAACAGUCAAUGUGAACUGUCCGGAGACAUCCUCGCUCGUGCGAAUCUUUACACCACAAAGUCAGGUCUUAAACGCGUCAGAAGCAGACUACAUUGCAUCCAGGGAGUCCUAUGUAAUCUCAAACGCAUGGUCCAACUGGCUUGGUAAUGCGUCGGACAUUGUCAGCAACCUGGAAACUUUACAGGGCAAAUUUCCCAGAAUUGGCAUCGUCAUCGGGGGCGAGGGAUAUCGUACAGCACAAUAUGGCGCAGGUGUAUUGUCGGGAUUAGAUGGGAGAAAUGAUACUGCUAGAGAGAAGGGGACCGGGGGUCUGCUGCAGGUCGCAUCUUACCUUUCAGCUUCAUCUGGCGGUUCAUGGCUGCUCGGGUCACUUCUUAUGAAUGAUUGGCCGUCACUCCAGGAACUGGUUUAUGGGAAUGGGGGUGAUCUCUCAUCAUGGAUGUUAGACCUUGACUUGAUUGUGCCAUCAGCGCCAUCAGUCGACGAUAGUAAUAACCAGGCAUAUUGGGGCAGUGUCCUGGAGAGUGUUGAAUCAAAAGCAAAUAACGGAGUUCCCACUAGCGUGACUGACCUAUGGGGUCGGAUGGUUUCAUAUCACUUCUUGAAUGAAACAACGCGAGACAAUUUCUAUACCAAUGACACCAGCCACGGCGCUGGUCAACUAUGGUCCCAGAUAUCCCUCCUGCCGAAUUUUCGGAGUAACACAAUGCCAUUCCCGAUUGUAGCCGCUGACUCACGUCAAGCGGGCUCAGGGAUAACUACGUCUGUGCCUCUAAAUUCGACUGUUUAUGAGAUUACACCUUUUGAGUUUGGGUCAUGGGAUCCGGACCUUGCAGCGAUGCUAUCACUGCAAUUUGCUGGAACGUAUUUGACAAAUGGUCUGCCGGCUAACGAAUCGGCUUGCGUCACCGGUUUCGAUCAAGCAAGCUUUGUUAUGGGUACUAGCUCCAGUUUCUUCAACGCUGUCUUGAAUGUUACUGACGGGAACUUCGGGUUCGAUGCUAACAGCGAAGAGGAAAACGGCAUGAAUUUUCUUUUCAAUCAGUUAUCAUCACAUACACCGUCGUCCGAUGUGAAGGAUGCAGCUAAUUGGCCUAACCCAUUUAAAGGGAUCAAUCCUGUGACAUUUCAAGACUCGUCUUCAGACUGGCUUGAACUCCUCGACGGUGGUUCAAACCUCGAGAAAACUCCCCUCAGUAGCCUAAUGGUUAAGGCUAGGGGACUGGAUGUCGUAGUUGUCAUAGACGGUAGUGCGGACGACUCGAAUUACUGGCCAAACGGUACAUCACUGCUAACUACUUUCGAGCGUAUAUCAUCAGUGCUCUCGUCUUCGCAUCAACCGAUGCCGCCCAUACCUGGAACUGCCGCUCAAUUUGUUUCUACAGGCGUCAAUAUGCGCCCAACGUUCUUUGGCUGCAAUCUCACUGAGGGUCAACCAACCUACCCGAUGAUUAUAUACCUUCCUAAUGCGCCUCCGCUGGACGGAAGCGCGCCAGCUACGAACACUGGCGACACACAAUUUUCCUACACAUCCAUGUUCACAGCCGUGUUCAUCAAUCAAGCAUUCUGGAAUACCUUAGGUGGCUUCAAACCAAACACAACUUCUGCGGAUCCGGAUUGGGGCAAAUGCUUGCAAUGUGCCGCAAUCGAUCGCGCAGUUACCUCGCGCUCAGAUUUCUGCUCACAAUGCUUUACCCAGUAUUGCUACGAUCCAACCGAUCCUCCAAGCAGCUCGGAACUCCCUGGCAGACAGUUUGCAUUCGUGAACCCUGAUCCGGGUGGUCUGACGAAGGUGGAAGAGUGGUUAGAGCGCAACAAGGGUGCAUUAGCAGGUUGCAUCGUUGCUGUCGUGGUGGCUAUUGCAGGGAUUGUUGGUUUUAUAUUCUGGUGGCGGAAGCGGAGAGCACGCAAGUCUAGGUAUUCUCGUGUCCACGAGCUCCGAGAGGACGACGAACCUUGGAGGUAUUACGAUAGUCACUCAUUGGAAUUGGAGAUGCCGCGUCGAAUGUCGAUCUCAUGA